CGCGCGCGCGUGUGUGUGUUUACUGUAUUGCCGUGGGAAGGGGUGGGAGGCGCGCGCGUGUUCGGUCAAAUCCGUCACAUUUCGUGCAACCCGCCCACGGCCCCUCCUCUCUCCCUUCCACAUACUUCGGAAGGAAAAGACGUUCGUUGAGCACAGAAGAGAAAACGUUUCUUAUUUCCUAACUCUCACCUAAGCUUUAUUUCAAGCACUACUUCAGCAACAGAGACACUUAAAAAUGGCUGAGGAACUGAAGGCCGUGAGAAUUGAGUUUAUAGAAAAAGUGUCCUCAACUGUAAUCGAACAACUUCUGGACCAUCUUUUGCAAGACGAGGUCUUGAAUAGUGGAGAGGAGGAGACCAUCAUUGAGGCGAAUGACACCAGAAGAAUGAAGGCUCGUAAUCUCAUUGACUCAGUGUCGAAAAAAGGUGAUGAGGCCAGCUGGAAGAUGAUCACUUACCUUCAACAACGGGACCCAAUGCUCUUCAAGGAACUGGGCCUCCCCGCUGAGUCCCCCCAAGCUGCCUCCGAGGUGGAACGCCAGUGGUCCACCACACUCAUCCCCUGCAAAAGGACAUUUUGGAAUGCCAGGAAGAAUGAUCAUAAGAUCUACCCCGUGAAUGAAGAGUCCAAAAAGAACCGCGUAGCUCUGCUCAUCACCAAUAUCAAGUUUAAGGACAACCGUUAUGACAGACAUGGAGCGGAGGCAGAUGAGCGGAACAUGGCGAGGCUGUUACGUGCUUUGGGAUAUGAAGUGGUCCAACACACGAACCUCACUGGAGAGGCAAUUGACAAGGCCGUCAUGGACUUCUCCAAACAUUCUAAACUCAAAGACACAGACAGCGUGUUUGUGGUGAUCAUGUCUCAUGGGAAACUGGGAGCGGUCCUCGGCGUCAACUGGAACGAGACGCAAACAAAGGAUGAAGAAGAUGUGUUUGCCGUUAAUAAUAUUUUCAAUCACUUGGGCUCAGCAAAGUGCAAAGCUCUGCUGAAUAAACCCAAGAUCAUCAUCAUCCAAGCCUGCAGAGGAGAGGAGGGAGGGUCCGUGCUCAUCAGGGAUGGCGCAAAGGCGCCGGUGUCUGAUCAUACCCAGCAGGCGGGACCGUCCACGUCUGAUGAUGGAUGCAUCGUGCAGGAUGGUUUUCAAUUUGUGCACAAAGAAAAAGAUUUCAUCGCUCUUCUCUCUUGCACCCCCGAAACCGUCUCAUACAGACACACAGUGGAUGGCGCUUUACUCAUUCAGUACAUCGUUGAUGUUGUGAACACCUGCGCAUGUGAGGAAGACAUUGAGGAACUUUUCAGGAUUGUCAUGCGUCGCUUUGAAGCAUUGCCGCUUGUGAUGAAAAAACAGAUGCCAACUAAAGACAGAUGCACUUUGUCAAGGCGCUUCUACCUCUUUCCAGGCAUUUGACAACGGGGCAUCACAAGCACAUUAUUGUCAGAUUGUGACACUUUGAUUCUGUGUAAAUUUUCAAUGGAAACAAGUACAUAUAUUUCCCCUUUUCCAUUAUACCGGUUCCACCUUGAAACAGCGUUGUUCUGCCCUGUGUGGUCGCGUUUCCAUUACAGAGUGAAGCACAGCUGAGUGCCGCCAAGUCAAACAUCGUACCGUAUUUUCCGUACUAUAAGGCGCACCGAAAAGUCUUCCAUUUUCUUAAAAGCUCACAGCGCGCCUUAAAAUCCAGUGCGCCUUGUGUAUGGUCAUUACGGUAACAUGCCGACCCCAAAAUGGCUCCUUGCUGGACACAUGCUUACAAUGUUAUACAGUAACUUGAACUUGUAAGCCCCCCUAGAGAAUUUAUUUUGUGAUUUCCUUGUUUAUGAAUACACAACUAAGGAAUAAAUAAACACUUCUGAGACAGUCCAGUCUCCUACAUUUUAAAGACAUCCGAUCGUUCUGUUGGAGCUACGCUCAAUGAAAUGCCAAGGGGCGGCUAUAGAAUUUAUUUAUCUUUCUUUAUUUCUAUUUUGAUGCAUAAUUUUAAAUGUUCGUAGUUUCAUUGAAAGAAUCGUUAAUUUAUGUCUUUCGGAGGCGGUCAUGAACGCCUCUCGAGUCGACCAGAAGGAGCGUAACUCCAUCUAGUGGAUGCAUUGUAGAUUGCCCCUUAUAAUGUCUUCUCGCGGCAGAACAACUGCUCAAAUUAUCAGCAGUAGAACAAGUUUCAAGAAACUCAACGGCUUUACUUGAAAUUUGAAGAAAAUUUGUUUUUUGUUUAAACAAACAGAUCAAGUAUAUCAGUGACUGUGAUGCUAAUAUUUCUUCUUGCUUGGCAUUUCUAACAUCUGAAUGGUGUUUUUAUGAAAUGAAAUCAGCUAAUCCAACAUUUAGGAAUGUUUUUUUUUUAUUGCAAAAUCAUCUCUUUUGUGAAAUACAAGAACUGGAGGAAUGCCAAUUCACAAUUAACGGCUUCUCCAUUCGUGGCUGUUCACGUGACAACCUUGCCAUAUAUUCAUGAUCGUUGUACUUGUAUCAUUUAUGACACACGCUUUCUGUGCUCCUGCUCACUAUCAAACCAUAUACUCUGUGAUAUAGAUACACCGAUGUCCAGCUGUGGCGAGAGAGACCACUCUAGUUUCUUCACUUUCAUCUUCAUUUUAAAUGCAUAGUAUGACUAAAAGUACAUUUGUUUGGACCAAUGCCGCAAUGAAAAUAAAGACAGCUCACAAGAGUUGAAUUUAAGAUA